AUGGCGCUACUGGCCAAUUCAGAGCACAGUAUAAAAAUCUAUCUAUCUAUCUAUCUAUCUAUCUAUCUAUCUAUCUAUCUAUCUAUAUAUAUAUAUAUAUAUAUAUAUAUUGUGUUUCAAUCAAUCAAUCAAUCAAUCAAUCAAUCUAUCUAUCUAUCUAUCUAUCUAUCUAUCUAUCUAUCUAUCUAUCUAUUUAGCUAUCUGUGCGUUUGUGCGCAUGUAUAUCUUAGCCAAUUCUUAUCUAUAUAUCUAUCUCAGCGUGUUGCAAUCUAUCUAUCUAUCUAUCUAUCUUGUUUCAUCUAUCUAUCUAUCUAUAUCUAUCUAUCUAUCUAUCUAUCUAUCUAUCUAGUUCCCGCUUCUGAAAGAUCUUCCUUCUGUUCGUUCUUUUUCUCCUCCCCGUCCCACACUCUUAAAUUGUUAGCUUCAAACUUGAUACGGACAAACGGACGAAAUCCCCGAUCGCAAAUCUUACAAGUAAAUUUAAGUACUGCCAUUUUGUAUAUUCGUUCCAUUAUUCAUUAUGAGUAUGCGCACAUCUAUCUCACCAUUACGAAUGAAGAUGUUUUAUCUACGAUCAAUGCCGAUGAAAAAAUAUGGUGGGGACUGAUUGAAAACGGUAAGGCCUUUGUUAAUUCUUUCCGAUUUCGAAGCAGGCCCUUGAUACCCGUUCCGGUCAUGUUUAUUUCCCGACUUUAA